GAUCAAAUACAUAUCAGCCAUAUCAGUAUUUGUUUCAAUAUUAGCAGAUACGUGUUUUUAUGUACCGUUAUAAAAUUUUACCACCAAAUGAAAUUUACAUUGGAAAAUUUUACUUUUCCUCUAUCAGUGGCUAAGUGUUGACAACCUUGUCAAAAUACGUCAACAAAAUAAUUUUUCAAUAUUUAAAUAGGCCAAAAGGGCUUCAAAAUUCUGUUAUUUUACAGUAACAACACAAUGGUUUAAUAGCAUAUGCUGUGUUAAUGCACGCAUAACAAAAUCAUGUCUCAAAAUCCGUAUGCUGUUUUCACUGACGACGAAACUUGUUUAACGAUACGAAAGAACCAAACGAUAAUAACAAAUGCAUACGAAGGUAUACCCGAAACCCUCAUUCUUAAUUUAAUAUGUUGGAUAAUUCUCUUACUGCUCUUUGCUGUCUUAAGAAACAGAGCCUGGGACUAUGGCAGAUUGGCUCUGGUUCAUACGGAAAAAUGGACCCAGUUAUUUUACAAGAACACCGAUGAUGCCGUAGCUGUUGAAGAAACAAGCGGUGAUGUCUCUCUUAUGCCUGAUACAGGGUGUUUAUGGUUUCCCUCUAUUUUUAAAAUAACAAAAAGUAAGGUCUAUGCAAGAUGUGGCCCAGAUGCUACACACUACUUAUCCUUUCAAAAACAUCUUCUAAUUCUGUUCACUGUUAUAACAGUAUUUUCUAUAUGCAUUGUACUGCCUGUAAAUUUCCAAGGAACUUUAGAAGGUAAUUCAACAACGUUUGGUCAUACAACAUUAAGUAAUUUAGGACCCUCCUCAAAUUUGUUAUGGUUACAUGUUAUAGCAAGUUUAUGUAUGGCCCCUUUGGCUGUUCUAAUAAUGAGCAAAAGUUCAGGAAAAAGUCCAAGCAGUACUGCACUGUCCUCAAAAACUAUUAUGAUUUCCCAUAUUUCUAAACUUCAUCGGAACAUCGAAGAUAUAAAAAAUUAUUUUACCGUUAGAUAUCCAGGAAUCGAAAUAAUAGAUAUUCAGAUUACAUACAGAGUUAAGAAACUUAUGGAAUUAGAGAAAGACCGGAGGAAAAUUCAUGAAGCUAAGGUAUAUUGUUGUGAGAAUGCUCAUAAUACAGACUUAAAAGUACAGCCGUAUGGAUGUAUAUGUUGUUGUCCAUGGAAAACUGAAAAUGCUAUUGAUUAUUACACCAGCGAAGAACAAAAAUAUAAUGAUAAAGUUUUAUCAGAAAGAAGAGAUGCCUUGGCGCGUCCAUUAGGCAUUGCUUUUGUUACUUUUGCUACAGAAGAAAUGGCACAGCAUGUUAUUAGAUCAUUCUCUGCUGAUUCUUUAAGGCAUUGGCAUGUUGGGAGAGCUCCUACACCAUCAGAUAUUAACUGGCAGAAUUUGGAAAUAUCAUCAAGAAAUUGGUAUUCUAAAGCAAUUAUAAUUAACAGUGUUUUGUUUAUAAUUUUAUUCUUCUUAACAACUCCAAUUAUUUUCGUUAAUAUUUUUAAUCAACUAUCUACAGCCCAUGGAGAUAUAUUAAAUAAAAUCAGUCCCUUGCUUUCUCAAUUUUUACCAACACUGCUGCUAUUGUCAAUGUCUGCAGUCAUGCCUGUCUUUGUAGCCUACUCAGAUGAAUGGAUGUCCCACUGGACUAAAUCCAAACAAAAUCAUGCCACAAUGAUCAAAACCUUUUGGUUUUUAUUAUUUAUGGUUUUAAUUUUACCAUCUUUAGGGCUUACUAGUGCUCAAGCUUUUGUUGAGUGGUCCCUACAAACAAAAAAUCAGACUGUCAGAUGGAAAUGCAUUUUCCUAGCCGACAAAGGUGCAUUUUUUGUUAAUUAUGUUAUUACAUCUGCCCUAAUUGGUACAGCUUUAGAAUUACUGAGAUUUCCUGAACUAGCCAUGUAUGCCUUGAGGUUGUCCUGCAUCAAAUCUGUCGCAGAGAAGGCAACCAUUCGUAAAGAAAUCUUGUCCGAAUUUCCUUUUGGAAUACACUAUGCAUGGACCCUCCUAAUAUUUACAAUCUGCACAGUGUACAGCUUAACUUGCCCCUUGAUAACACCUUUUGGUUUACUGUAUCUUAGCCUCAAACACUUGGUUGAUAAAUACAACAUAUAUUAUGUGUAUAGACCUAUCACUAUGUCCAGUGAAGGUCAACAGAUACAUGCUGGUGCUGUAAUAAUGGUCAGGAUAGCCAUAAUACUAUGUCAAAUGAUUCUGGCAGCUUUUUUCUUCAUAAGAGAGAGUGGAGGAUUAAAUUCGAUGACUUUGGUCAUGCUGUUGGGCAUCUGUGUAACAAUAUUCUCUUUCUUCUUUGUCAGUCCUUAUCCCUCGUGCAAGCGCGCUUCAGCAUCAAAAUCUCACUCAGCCGCAGUCAAAGAAGAAUAUAUAGCUCCAGUUUUGUUGAGCUCUAGUAGCAUAGAAAGUCAUAUAGAUCGUGCAUCGCCAACAUUAUAUGGGGCAUCCGCACAAGUUGUUAUAAUCCCAGAAACUGGAUCAAGUAAUGCGUAAAAUAGAAUUUUGCUUAAAGUUCUUUGGCUGUGACUUUCUAUAAAGAUGUGUUUCAUACACUUGGUUACAAACGUUCUCUAUUUUUGUUAUAAAUCUUAUUGUUUUAAGAGUGGAAAAUAUAUAAAUUGAAAUGUCUUAGCCAAGUAAAUUAUCUGUUGAUAUUUUUUAAGAAUUUGAUAUAUAUCUAAUAUAUAUUUACUAUUUUAAUAGGUAUUGAUAUGUACAUGAUUUCUAUUAACACAUGUAGAUUUUAGCUAACACAGUAUUUUUAAUACCUAUAAAAGAAAUAGAAGAUGAAAUUGUACCUAUGUAUAUUACAAUAAGAUUGCUCUAUGUACUAAUUGCUUUAAUUAAUAUAAGAUAAUUUUACCAACGCAAAUUUCAGUUCACAUAAGGAUUUUCUGUAACCGGUAUAAAUAUUUUUAACUAUCUGUGUAUGUGUAUAUAAAUAAUAUUUGGUAGAUCAGUAAUAAAUUAUUAGUAAGAA